GGAAGCAGUAAUAGGGAAAGUGUUAGCAAGGAACAUUCAGCUUGAAUCCGAACAUCGAGACAUUUCUCCUUGCAGGUCCCCCACUUCCACUGGGAAAGCACACAGUUCGACACAAUGGAAAGACGUCUACAAACUAGAUUCUGGUAACUUUUGGAUGACCUCUGCAAGACAAAGACAGGACAGAUCUAUUGUACAUCAUAUUACCCUCUUCUUUGAUGUCUUUUCUUUUUCUUGUUUCCUUAUCAAUUUCCUUCCUCUGAAUGCUAUUUUAGCUUCUCGGUCUUUAUUUCUUUCGAUAUUUUGUCUGACAAAUGUAAUAAACCAUGUUUGAAAUUAUUGCUGGUGAAUUAGACUAAAGGGCAUCAAAGGUUAGAAAAGUCAAUUCAGACAAAAAGCUUGAUUUACCUGAGGGUCAAUGAAGCGGUCAGCGCUUGAUGAAUAUUCUUAACAUAUUCAUAUCUGCUUUUGAAAAUAAGCUAUACUGAAUUUUGGUCACUUGAUUACACGUAUAUUAUUUAGUUAAAUUGGUGGAAAUUAUGAGAUGCACACAAAUCCGGUGAUAAACUCCCUGCCUCCCCAUUGGCUGAGCCAGUCACAUGGCUGCCUAACUUUAUUCAGUUGACAGCAAGUAGGAGGGCUCUAUGGAAGGAGAAAAAAAGACAACACGAGAAAAAUUAGUAUUUUCUACCUUCAGAAAUUAAUGGCCAUGAGUUCGUAUAUGGUGAACUCUAAGUAUGUGGAUCCUAAAUUUCCUCCUUGCGAGGAAUAUUUACAGAAUAACUACUUAGCUGAGCAGGGCUCCGACUAUUACAGUGCAUCGCAAGGCUCUGAUUUUCAGCAUCAGGGAAUCUAUCCACGGUCAAACUACAGCGAGCAGCCCUUUAGCUGUACCAAUGCCCAAGACUCUGCAGUGCAGCCGCGGGGUCAUGGACAGGAGCAAUCCGGCCCACCGAGCCACUUCCCCGGUCAAGCAGAGCAUUGUCUGCCGCCUCCAAUAUCCAACUCGCGAGCCUGCAGCCAGCAGCAAAACCUCAAAACCCCAAACGGGUCAGCAAUUAAACAGCCAGCAGUAGUUUAUCCCUGGAUGAAGAAAGUCCAUGUUAACUCGGUGAAUCCCAAUUACACCGGAGGGGAACCUAAACGCUCCAGAACAGCCUACACAAGGCAGCAAGUCCUAGAACUGGAAAAAGAAUUUCAUUUUAACAGGUAUCUGACUAGGCGUCGACGUAUUGAAAUAGCCCACACUUUGUGUCUCUCUGAACGCCAGAUCAAGAUCUGGUUUCAGAACAGAAGAAUGAAGUGGAAAAAAGACCACAAACUGCCCAACACUAAGGGUAGGUCUUCUUCAUCUGGUUCAAACCAACAUUUACAGACUGUUUCCAAGGACCAUCACACUGACUUGACAACUUUAUAGAAGAGGUGAAAUUUUCCAUUUCAUCCUUUGAUUCGGAACAGUACUGUACAUAACUGACAUUAUCCAAGCAGAGCCUGCAUGUAGCAGCUAAAGACUCAAGAGGGUCAUCUUGCUUUAAGGUGCUGUUGUACAAAGGAGACAAAAUGACAAUACUUUGGACUUUAUUUGAAUUACCUACAUUAGCACAACCUAAAAACUCUUCUUACAGGUAGUGGGAAGUGGGGAAAUAUUACGUGAGAUCUUCAGUCCAUACAAAAUUAAUAAAUAAUUGAAAAUGAAACUAUGUUCAAUUUUGAAUUUUAAAGUUGAGAGUUGAUGCUUUAUUCCGCUAUUUUGUUUUUGUUGCCUUUUCUGCCCCAUACAAUUUCGGGAUUAUGCAUUUGGGCAAAUUCAGGACAGAAAUCUAUGGAUUAGUCUUUUAUUUAAACUAGGGAGGCUAGUAUUUGUGAACUUUUUGUGCUGCUUUACAUUUCAGAGUGGGAUGAAAACACUUGCUCAUUUCCAUAACACCUCAGAACAAAUGCGUAGAAGUGAAGUGAAAACGGGUUAUUUUUGUCUGCUUGUGUUAGCGUAUUUAUUUAUUGUUAAUUAGAAAGAAUAAAAAGAAAAAGAAAGAAAGAAAAGAAAAAGAGUCAAACCAAAAAUACUAAAGAGGAUAGGUGAAAUCCAGUAUUUCUUCUUUUAUGUAUCCAUAUGCAUAAUGCUCAGUUAACCUGAACCUACAGAACUUUUCUAUCUCUUUUUCUGAUUUCCUUUUCUGUCAAUAUAAAAGCGUUCCUAACUCUUACAAAUGUAUCAUCAAGAAGUUACAUUCUUUGUAUUGUAUUUUAAACGUCUGCUUUAUUCGGCGCUAUACUUUAAAGCAGAGUUUCCUAAUUUAAGAAAAACAAACAAACAGACAGAAAGCUGUAAAAAACUAAAAUAAACAUCCAGAGUGAAAAUCAAAGCGAUUUGUGGCAUUAUUUAAGCCCUUCUGUCUUCAUAAUAGAUGACAU